AUGUGGCACCUGGCAGUUGCCAGCGUAGAUACUUCCCAUACACCUGGCAACUGCCAGAUAAAUGACACAGUCACAUUUGUCUUUGAUCCAGAGUCAAUUCACACUGUUACAGAAUCAAGUUUGGAAAACCCUUGCUCGCCGCUUCCAGGAGGUUUCAGCAGUGGUACUGUUAAUGGUGCCGUAGAGAUAAACGAGACUCUAUACAUCGUAAAAUGGGAUUUACAGAUUUCCAACAUCAGCACGAUAUGGUUCUUUUGCGAGAAUACAGACACACAGUCCCAUUGUGUGGACUCUGGGAUGGUUGGUGCCAUUAACCCCCCGAGUAUCGAUGCGUACACAAAAUUCCAAAAAGCAGCAAAGAAGGUCAAGGGAACACCCAAACCCAGCUUUCAAAUCGCCCUCACAGGUUUAGGCGCUUUUGCCACCCAAACACCCGCCCCAGUGUCUACCCCCACCUCUAUAUCUUUACCUACCUCCACCUCACAGCACAGUGCAAUCACUGGAGGGGCCGUAGGUGCCGCCAUUGUCAUUGUCCUCGGUCUCGUCGGAAUCCUCUGGCACCUCCGCGUCCAAAGGUUGAGGCGCAACGGAAAAACACAGGGAUCAUCCUCCACUUCCGAAGACGAUGACUUCUUCCGGUACGACCCCAGGGCAGUCCGGCGGCAGCGCCCCAGCGUGGUGUUUGCUGAGGAGAAGCAACUCGAGGUCGCGCGUAGCCUGAACGCGGCACAGCACUCAACGCCCGUGCGAACGCUCUCUACCAGGCCCGCCCCGCCCAUUACGUCCAACCACAGUGUCAAGGUUCCAACUGAGUCGCACCUCCCACGAGUACCACAAAUGCAGAACCCAAAAACGUUGAUUGGCUUGCCAGCAAAGUCGCUCAACGGAAACUCCAGCACACCCUGA